UACAAAAAUUGAAUCAGACGACACCUCUCAGACGACGCAUUAUAGUUUUCCGUCGUCUGAUUGAUUUUUAUUUUUUUGGACGUCAGUUUUAUAAAAUGUGUCGUCUGAUAUGAAAUUUUGAAUUAGUUCAGAAGACGUUUAAGGACAAAACCGUUGUAUGACCCUAAAAAAAUUGAGCGGAAAAUUUCUCACCAUGUCUGUGGUGCCAAAUCCCAUCUCAAACCCUAAAUUUUCCCCCAACAUGUAUUAAUCAGACGACGAGAAACAAUAAAACUGUGGUCUGAUUAAUAUGUUUGGCAGAAAGGAGGGAGAUUUCCCACCAUCAUUUUUUUCUAACUCUCCAAAGAGGGAAGUCAAAUUGAUAGGAGACAAAUUCAAAUUUAAAAUAGCUGCAUUCAGACCACAUUCUUAUAAAAUUGUGUUGUGUGAGUCAUUGUCUAAAUUGAUAGGGCUUGUCCGAUAAGGCUUGUCCAAAUGAAUGAAGGGCCGGCAUGAAACACUUCAGAAAAAAAUAACGAAAAACUCAAACCUCCUCACUCUCGCUCUCUCGACAUAGACCUAAAACCAAAACCCGAAUCUCCUCACUCUCCCGACAGCGUCUCCCCAAAACCAAAACCUACACUUCAAGUCCAUUGGAUCCAAGUUGUUCUACACCGACACCAAAUAUAUCGGAUCCAAAACCUCUCUCCUCUCUCCCUCUUAUCUUCUACACCUAUACCCCCAAAUCCAUCACUCCGACAACCAAAUUAGUUUCCACAUCAACCUAAUCUGAGAGGAGCCUCUCCGGCCUCAAAGAUGACGUCGUCACCGGCGGCCAAACUCCCUUGGCUUAAAUCGAGCCUUCACUUUCCAGCACCAACGGUAAGAUCGAGGACCUCAAAGUGGAGGGUCCAAAGAUUAGAAUCGGAGCUCUGGUCGACGGGGGAGGUGAAAUCUGCUUUGGUCAAGAGCAGCGGAGGCGCUCAUGUGAAUACUGAAAAGAAAGACAAAGGUCGGUAGUGAAUCGAAUCCAUUCGAAGCAAAAGGGAUAGUGUGAUUGAUACCGAAAUAGAGAUGAGCCAACUUUCAUCUCUUUGUUUCCGGCCUUAUUAUGGCUCUCUCAGUUUCUCAGUUAAUCGGACUCCCUCUUUUUGUCGCUUCAACCUCCCCUUUCGAUGCCCCACUACUAGAGCAAUGGCAUCCCGGUCCCAGAUUGUUGGUUAUCCCUGCAUAGGACCCGAGAGAGCUCAAGUUUGCUUUGGAAUCAUUCUUGGAGUUGACAUUGAUCUCGUAAAUUUUGCAUUCUUCAGUUAUGAGAGCAGUGUGAUUCUCAUGGCAAAUUUCAGCAAAGCAAAUGAAAGCAAGUGCAAAGCUCACAAAAUGAGCUACCGUACCAUUGAAGCUACAUGCCUUGCAGUAAACAUGGUUCUCUUCGUCUCUCUCGAAUCCACAUUCAUUUCAUACUAAUACAGGUUGGCUACUUCAGUUGUGUACUGAGAUUUUUGGCUGGGCCAGAAAAACUAACAGAUUCUGGUAGUGUUGCAAGUAUAUUUCAUCAAUUGGGCCUCGUUUGUCUAGAUAAACGAUACAUGUUAGCCAUUUCCAGCAGGUUUAUUUCACAUUCUCCACCUUGUAUUAAUCAUAGAUGAGCUAAUCUUUUGGGUUAAUAGAUGGGAACAAUUUCUAUACAUUGUAUUAAUGACCAAUUUCACCGAUGCUAAAUGUUAACAAAAAGUAAUGUUUGUUUAAUAGUUGCAGCUUUUAACAUCAAUUGGAAACUUCUGCACCUAUUCAAUUGUAAUUGUUGUUGGAAUGGUUAUUGGGAUAUCAGUCGGAACUCAGAGAAGGGCUGCCCGUUCUUACUGGUGCCAACACCAAGCUAAGCAACAUGGCAAGUAUCAGGGAUGUGUCCCAAGGAUUAUAGACAGUAGCUCGACUUGUAGACAUGGAGCUGCAAGGUAUUCGGCCACUGUAUGAUGUAGAAAAUAGCAAAAGUUGACAGAAACAGAGAAAGAAGACAAAUGUACGAAUGACCCUCUUAAAUUUGUGUAUGAAUAUUUGGGAAAUACUACCUAUUUGAUAUCAAUUUACUGCAUUCAUUUUACAUUUGGUGGCA